UUAAGAACAAUGUUUUAUUGAAAUAAAAAACAUGUAAAACAAUAUCGUAACGAGAGUAAUCUUUGAAUAAAGAUAGUUUGAAAAAUAUCUUUAUUUCUGAUGUAUAAUAUAGAGUUAUUGAAAUACUAGGUAUGUUAUUGUAAUAUCUUAUUAUCUUAUAAGAUGGCAUCGUUCUCUUAUCAUUAGUGAAACUUAUCCCAGGUUCAACUGUACACACCUUUUUCAUUACUAUAGUGACGACUAACUCUACGAAUAUUAAUAUUUUACGGUUUUUUUAUCAAGGUAUUCGUUUGAAUGCUAUUUAAUACGUUGCGAUUAAAUACGUUGACAUUUAACCGAAAGAAUAAUAAAUCAUUUUAACUAUAAUAAAAAAGAACAAAUUGAAACGUUAAUUUGUUCAAAAGUUCAACGUGUUUGCAACCAUUUAAAAUCAUUUGAAAUCAUUUGGAAUCUCUUUUGACCGGAAAUCAAAAAGAAAGGUAACAAUUGCGCUAAAACAAUCACGUUUAAAUUAAAUAAAUCUAAAAAAAUAUUCGAAAUUUUGAGAAAAUCUUUGACGAAAAAUGAUUAAUUUAAUUUUGUACGAUAAUAAUAACAAGUGUUUAAAUGUCACGUAGGACAAUAAUACCGUUGACAAGAAUCGUCAAUAAGACGAGAACGAACCACAAAUUGGAUGUUUGUAUUUGUAAUCCUUGUUAAAAAAAAACAAAAUUCAUAUUAUUAUAAAAUAUCGAAUUAGGUUAUUUACAAAAAUAAUAAUAAAUUUGUUCUUACAGCAAUAUGGUUCCGUGCAAUCAAGAAAAUAGCGAGGAUGAUUCAUUCACUCGACGUUUAAAAUAUCGUGCCACUGUUAAAAAUAAAAACUCAUACGAAUUGAGACAAAAAAUGAACAUUUUGCGUGCCAUAAGUGUCUACCGAUUUAAAGAUUUUGGAAGCACAUGUAUCAAAUUGUCCGACACAGCAUUGAAUUGUUUAAACAAAGAAAUCCUUGUCAAAACGGAAAUGUAUGAAAAUGACGUAAUAACACCCAGUAAACUUUUGGAAAACGAAACUUUCCUAAAAGAAUUGAAGAACGAUAUUAUUAGCAAAAAAUGUCGCAAUUGGAAUCUUAAAAUAGAUGGAACGUUGAGUGGCGAAGAUUUAUCAGAAAAAAUGAAAAUCCCAAUUAAUGAACAAUUGAAGAACGUUGAUGAAGUUAUAGAAAAAUCUACAACACUUUAUACUCGUUUGAACGAAGAAAUUCAAGAUCUCCGAGAAGAUCUUGAAUCGUUGGAAUGUAAAUCAUAUUUAAUGGAUACGCCAAAACAAAAGUCUGUUGAUUUUCGAUACAAUUGUUCAUCAUUAGCAAGUCAUUCGAAGGAAUUUUGGAAAAAAAGAUUGACCAAUUCAAUGCCAGGUGUACACCAAAUUUUCCAACAUAUUUCCAAAGAAAUGGAAGAUUGUUGUUCACCAAAUAGAAAAAAUCAUAUUGCUAAUAAAUUAGACGAAGCUAUGCGAUACGAAGAAACGUUUUCUUCCCUUUAUGCCAAUAUCGAGAACGUUAAUAAAAAUAAGAAAAAAAACAUAGAAAAACCUAAACGAAUGAAACCAAAUUUAGAAUCUACGAUGAAAUCAUUAGCCGCGGAUUCAACGAAAAAACCUGAAUCACCAUUUUCAAUACCAAGUUCGAUUUCAACUAUACUUCCUAUUUAUUCGUCUAAAUCGGAAUUUGGUGAGAAAAGCGUAGACAAAUAUUCUUACGGUAGUUCGGAAAUGACUGAAAGUAUUUUACCAUUGGAGAUGCACAAAUUUCUCGACAAUGCGCUUAACAACGAUUUACCUAACAACACUACUUCUUACAUCUUUCAUUCAACUUGUAACAAAACUUAUAAUUUAACUAAUUCUUACGAAGACAACGGAAAUCAUAAAAACAUCGAUAAAUCAAAGACAACUCCUACGAAUGAGGAGACGGUUAAUGAAAGAUUGUUGUCAAGCGAACCACCACCACCAAGAAAAAUCAAUAAAAAAACCAAAUUGCUCAGAUCUUUUUCGCAAGAAAUUAAUAAAAAGGUAUUCUAUAGUAAACAGGUAAACAUUCGUACCGUACAAAUGUGUGUGACAUUUUGUUUCUUUUUAAAUAGGGAUCAUCUCAGUCACGCUCGAACAUGGAAGGAAGAAAUUGGUGAUUCGGUUAUAAAACACAAAGAUAAAAUACAAGAACUUUUACAAAGAUUGGAGAUACAACAAACGUUGAUACAUCAAGCUAGCAAAGCUUUGAACUUUUGUAAUUUCACGAAAAUGUUUCAAUAUAGUGUACAACACGUUGAAUCCGAAAGAUUAUUGUUAUUAUCGAUGCUUAAGAAGAAAGCCGUAUUGAAUGAAAUUAAACGAAUCGACGAAUACCAGGAUGGUACUGUUUCCCUAUACGAACAUGGCAAGGUUACCAUCUCACAAAUUAGUUUGACCGUUAAUAAAGAUAAAAUUGAUUUGUCGGGUUUAACACCUGAUACGUGUGGAUGGUUUAUGGUUACGGUGACCCAUGAAUCAACGGUUUGGGCAACCACUGCUAUAAAUUAUUCAUUCGAUAGUCCAAUUACCAUUCGUUUUCCUGAAUCAAUAACCGUACCAAAUCUAAGUCCUCAUUUUGUCAUAGUCGUAGAUGUUUACAGUUUGCAAUUAAGACAUAUGAAUUUCAAUGAAAACGGAGAUCAUCAAUCGUGUAACGACAGCAUUACGUGUCCCUCGCCUACCAAUUUAUGGAAAAAAUUGGAUAAAUCAAGAUUGAAACAAAAUGAAAUAUCAUGUUCCAAUAGUAUCAGAGAAACGUCAUUUCAAUUAACCGGAUACGUACAAUUAACCCUUCAAGAUCUACACAAAGCUCCACCUUGGUAUUUAUUAUCGGUACCAUCGAAUUCGAUUUUGCAAGGUAAAAUUAAUUUCAAAUUGUCAAAGAAAAUAAAAAUAUCGCUUAUCCAUUCUGGUUUCUUGACGCACGGCGACGAAGCUGGUGGAUUGGCCGUUUGGAAUCGACGAUGGUGCGUUCUCGAUGGUAGUUGCAUGAAAUUUUGGAAUUAUCCACAAGAACACGAUUUAAGACCACCGUUGUUGAUCAUCGAUUUGACAUGUUGUACGACUAACGAGGUACAAGUCGUUGAUAGAACCAUUUGUGCCAGACCACGAACGCUUAUGUUUAAAACCAUAAGAGAAAGGGUAUCUCGCGAUGAAAAUACCAUGUUUCUCGAAUGUCAAUGCAGUUAUACUGUCGUAAGACACUUGCUAUCCUGCGAUACCAUCCACGAUAUGAUGGAAUGGAGUUCGAAAUUAAACUACGUCUUAUCGAUAUUGAGCAAUUGGAAAUCAAGAAGAAACCAUUUCAUUCCUACCACUGAAUUAUAAUUUGUUUUUUUUUAUCUAAAUAA